AUGGAUUGGGGAGAUGAAUAUCCCCACAAUUCUUUUGACCUACAUUGUUUGUUAAAUUCAUUUCCUGGAGACUUGGAGUUUAAGCAGAUCUUCAGUGACAUUGAUGAAAAGAUAGAACAAAAUGCUCUCAGCAUAGAAUGUUGCAUUAAAGAAAUACAGUCUGAAGUUAACAAACAGUGUCCAGAUGUACAGCUGCGAACGACGACUGACUGCUUUGAAUGGCUAAAUAAUUAUAAUUAUAGUUCAUCCAAGUCACCGUCCAUUCCCCAUGGAGAUUUGAUAAAAUUUCUCAAAAUACUGCAAGAUUUGUUGAAGAAUGAACAAAAUCAAGAAGAGAUGGUAUUGAAUUUACUUUGGGACCUCUCCUGCCAGAGCAGUGUUUCAUUCCCAUCCAUUGUAAGUGGAGCAUCUUUCCAUUUCCUCUCUAGGGCUUCUCUUCAUUCUGUUGAAGACCAUUCCUCAAUGGAUGUAAAGUCUGUAUGGGAUGAUAUAAGACUACAUCUUCGACGCUUCUUAGUGAACAAAUUACAAAGCCACAGUGAAAUAAACAAUUCACAGCAAAAAAUUUUGUUGAAAAAUCAGUGCAUACAGCAACUCUUAUUUCUUUAUCCAGAAUCAGAAGUUACAAGCAAGUACCAAAGCAUACAGAAUAAACUGUUGACCAAACUUCUGCAGAACUGUUUUCCUUCUUUUAGCAGAGAAUCAAAUUUAGACAUAAUGGUUGAUAGAUACCAAGGUACAAUGCUUAAGUUAUACUCAAUGAUAAAAGAGGAUUUUAACACACUACAUGAUAUUUUAGCUCCAUCCUCAACAGUGAAAUUCAUUAAAGAAACUUACCUGGAUACUGUUACAGAAGAAAUAGCAAAAUUUCUUGAAAAUUUUUGUGAGCUGCAGUUCAAAGAAAGUGCUUCCCGUGUGGUUAAAGCAAGCAAGAGCUCCAGCAGGCAUAGAGGAACAGUGCAUGCUUUGGUUACUCCUGAAUACCCACAGAAAGGAAGAAACUUUUUCCUCACCUUAGAUGAACUCAAGUUCUUAUCACAGCUAGUAAAAUCACUUUUGAAGUUGGAAAAAAAUGUCCAGGAGUUGUUUGAAGAAAUGUUCUUAUGGCUCAGGAUACCCAGGAACACUUCAGGAAUUUGGGAGACAUCCAGUAGAGAAUUUGUAAUAGAGAAACCUAGAACAAAUGAGACCAGAAUUCCUUCAGAGCAGCUGCUACCAGUAACAGAGGCUACUUUAUUAGAUUUUGGCUGGAGAAGUGCAUUUAUAAAAGUAUCUCUUCCCACGGCACAUUGUAUAACAACAGCCAUUGAAGAUUUUUCUGCAAAGAUUCUCCAGCAGGAACAGAAUGAAAGGUCUUCAACUCUGAGCUAUGCUUUGAACCUUGUAAAUGUCCAGCAAGUUUGGCAAGAUAGCUAUGUGGUUCCUGAAGCAGACCAACCAAAGAAAAUUGCAAAGUUUUGUUCUGACAUCAUGGAAAAACUUGACAUAAUGCUUCCACUGGCUCUGGCAUGCAAAGAUGAUUCUUUUCAGGAAAUUAGAGCAAACUUUGUGGAGGCCUGUUGUAAAGUGGCAACAGCUGUCCUGGCCAGACUGCAAGAGAGAAGCAAGGAGUUUCCCUCCAAAGCACCCCUGAAAAACCUGCACACGCUGCUCUCCACGGCUGUGUAUGUCUUCCAGCAUUUUAUGCAAUAUGAUCGUGUGAUGAAAGAAAAUGCUAAGAAACCCAUAUUCCUGGUGCCUAUCCAACGAUACCAGGAAUUCAUCAACAGCCUGCAGUUUCAGGUUGCGGACUACUGCGUCAGAGUUUGUGCUACAAGCAUUUUACAGGACGCUGAGAGCCACCAUUGGGAUGACUACACAGCUUUUUAUGAGGGGGAAAGAUGCUCCUUCUCGCUCCAGAUGUGGCAUUAUUUCUUCUGGGCGCUUCAUCACGACCUCUGGACCAUCCUGCCCCCUAAAUUAGCCCAGGAGAUACUAGCAGAAGUGCUGGAGAAGUCUUUGGGUCUCCUGGCCUCCAGAUAUGCCCGGGCCCAUCCCAGUUAUAAGAGAACCCUACAGAUAAGACUUGAUGUCACAACAAUUUUAAUUUGCACUGAGAACAUGUUAUGGUCAGUUUGCACAUCUGUACAGAAGCUUUUGAAUCCUCAUGCAUAUGUAGAUGAUAAAAUUUUUAAAAUUCAUACCCACUGUAAUAAUCUCUUCAUAACAUUAGUUAUUUUGACUUCGCCAUUAACAGAAUUACACCAGACUUUUCAGCAUGGCCUGGGCGAUUCUUCUUCAGAUUCCUUGAAGCCAGUUUUCAAGCAACCAUUACAUUGGCUUUCUUGCAUAACACAUUUCUACCCUUCUUUACUCAGGACUCCAUCAGCUGGACGACUGACAGCCGAGGGUCAACUGAAACUGCUCUUAUCCCAGCCAGGUUGUAAUUGGAACCUGCUUCUGGAAACCCUACUGCAUCACGAUGGUCUUUUACUAAGAAUCUUGCUAAAGAGCUCAAAAUGUACCUUUCAAGAACAAGGUUCCAAUACAGAAAAUAAUCAGAACCAAGGAUCCAGUUUGAUAGAAGCUAUCUUUCAAGUAUUGUACCACUGCACUUUCUCUCCACAAACAUUUGGAAAUGUCUUUGUGAGUUACAUGGAAGAAGAACAAUUAUGGGACUUGUUAUAUAACAUUCCAGUCUCCACGCGCAGAGAGUCCGAGGUAGAGGUCAUCCGAUGCCUGAGACUUGCACUGACCCGCGCCCUCAAGGACGUCGUGCGGCAGGUAGUAUCUGUGAUGAGCUCUGGGAGCAACUGUGAGACGAACCUAAACAGGCACAGCAUUCCUCAAUGUCUGCGUGACAGCAUUCCAAAAGAAUGGAAUUACAUUCCAAGAGACACCAAAAGGAAAGAAUCAAGCAAAGGCUUCACAAGGCUUGCUGCUCAGGCAGUAUCUAUUGUAAUCAGCAAGUUACCUACGGUGAUUGCAUGUUUGCCUCCCCCAAUUAAAUACUUCUUUUUUCUGUCUGAAAGAAAAAUGUCAGAAAACUUGGUUGAAUUGAAGAAAGCUGGCCUGCUUGUCUGGAACUUGAUUGUAAUUAUAUGUCGGAUAUUUGAGGAUGGAAACACUGUGGAACUUUUAACAGGUGCCUCCCUUGACAGACAGAGUAAAGAGAAACUCGGUUUAGUCUGUGUGUGUUUGGAAAGCAUCAUGGGAGAGCAGACGGGUAGCCUUAAUCAAAUGACCCAAAAGGUUAUACGGAGCAUCGAGCAGCAGAAACCCAACUGGAUUGAAUGCCAGUUGUUGGAAGCAAGGAAACUGAGCACCGAAUGUGCAUUUAUGACAAUAGAGAAAAGCACAGCCUUAGAAGAAGGAGAUAUCGCUCUUGAACUGACUGAGCAGAAAAUAAACAUGAUGGUCCUGGAUAUCUGCCACAAACCAGGUGGCAGAGAAUACCUGAGGCAAAUUUAUCACAUCAUGCGGCUCAAUGAGGGAUAUUUAAAAGAACAGCUGUUUUCUAUGAAUGGUUCAGAGGAAAAGCCAUUACCCAUCCACCCUUUAAAGACGACCUUGAGGAGUGUGGAAGAUCAACCCUCUGCCUUUAACCCUUUGCAUGUGUACAAAGUGUUCAGUAAAAACAUGCUUGAUCAGUCAGCCAUCACAAAAUGGAACUGGAAUUGGUCAAACUUGCUGCCAAAUUAUCUAGGACUGGAUAAGAUGACCUUCAGUGUACUGCUCAAAAACAGGUGGGAAAUGAGGAAGGAUGAGAAAUUAGAAGAGGAAGAAAAAGCAAUGCUGGAACAUCUAAAACUUAUGUGCACCAUCCAGGACUCUUCUGCCUCAGAUAAGACAGAGGAACAGUAA